GAGAGAGAGAGCCGAUUGUGAUCCAUCACUCGCGUCAGGGCAGGGCGGCCCCCCGGGAGGAGCGGGAGAGGAGGCCGGCACGCCUCGCCUCUCCUCCACCGACCUGGGCCCAUAUUCAAAAGUCUCCUCGCCAAGUGCGGCGUCCUCUCGGGCGCCGCCCCAACGCUGCCCUCUAUUCCCCCUCCUCCUCCCCCUUUCUCCCCCCCCCUCUCUCGCUCCUCCCCCGACGCAGUCCACCGCCUUCGAAGCCAUGUUCGCCCUUCGUCCCUUCAUCAACCGCCAGGCCGUCCAGCAGACCGCUGCCGCCGGUGCCCUUGCCCGCCGUUCCAUGUCCACCGGCUCUGCCCACACUGCCUGGACUGUUGAUCGCCUUUCUGCCGUCGGUAUUGCCCUCAUGAUUCCCGGCUACUUUGUCCUCCCCUCCGCCGCCGUCGACUCCAUCCUCGCUGGCCUGAUCCCGGUCCACCUUUACUUUGGCUUUGGGUCCUGCAUUACCGACUACAUCCCCAAGCGCUCCAUGCCCUUCCUGAACCGCGCUGCUGGUGUCCUCUCGCUGGCUGUCUGCGCUGCUACCUUUGUCUCCAUGACCCACCUGAACAGCCGCGAUAUCGGUGUCACUGCCACCCUCCGUGAGCUCUGGUCUGUCGGCGGUCGCCCCAAGGAGACCACCUACGUUCAGUCCUCCUAAAUGAUGGGCUAGCACCGGCGGACGGUCCUCUGCGCCCCCCCCCCCCCCCCCC